UGCGCGCGGUGCAUUGUGGGAUAAAGGAGAGGUGGGGACCGCCUUUCAGCCAUGGAGAGCGGUAGGGAUGCCCCAGGAAAGGCCAGUCGGUGGUUUGGCGUCACCACGUCCAAAUCAGUGAAAACCAACGUGAACAUUCUCCACCAGGAGAAGCUCAUCGCCCAGAAGAAGCGUGAGAUCGAGGCCAAGAUGGAGCGGCAGGCCAAGCAGAAGCACUCGGCCAGCCAGCCAGCCUCCCAGGCAAGCGACGAUGAGAGUUGUGACGGUGAAAGCUCAGUUUCGAACAAAUUUGCCAAUGAUGGGAGUUUUCUUCAGCAGUUCCUCAAGCUGCAGAAGGAGAAGAUGGGAGGUGGGGCCUCCUGCAGUUCUGCUGAGACGCCUACAGCUACCCCGCCCACUGUCAAUGCCACAAAGAAGCCCCCCCUGGCUGGGAAACGCCCCAGCCUCAGUGUUACCAGCAUGCUGAGCCAAGUCAAAAACUACGCCCAUUCCAAGCAGACACCCGUCACCAAUCGGCUCAGUGUUUUCCAGUCUCCCGAUGAAGAUGAGGAGGAAGACUAUGAGCAGUGGCUGGAGAUAAAAAUUUGUCCCCCAGAGGACAUCAGGACCCGCCGCGUCGUGGAGAAGCUGGCCCGGGUCGUGGCCGAAGGAGGCCCGGAUCUGGAGAAGGUCGCACUAGAGGACUGCAAGGAUAACCCGGCUUUUGCGUUUCUGCAUGAUAAGAACAGCCCGGAGUUUCUGUACUACAGAAAGAAAUUGGCAGAGAUGUGGAAGAAGGGCCAAGACCCAGAGGAGGCCACCUCUUCUCAGAAAGUUUCACCCCCAGAGGACGAAGAGACCAAGGACUGUGCUGAGAAGCUGGCCAGGUUCGUGGCGGACGGGGGCCCCGUGGUGGAAAUGGUGGCCCUGAAGAAUCACCGGGAGAACCAGUCCUUCAGGUUUCUGUAUGAGCCCAACAGCGCUGCCUACAAGUAUUACCGGCAGAAGCUGGAGGAGUUCCGGAAAGCCAACGAUGAUGCGGAGGGCAUGCCGCCCAUCCCGGAAGCCGCCCCCAAGCGCAAAGCCCCUCCCGAAGGGGCCCCUUCUUCCUCCUCCGCGGUGGUGACAGUCUCAUCCCCUCCGCCGCCCCUGCCCCCAGCCAAGCAAGUGGCUGUUUCUGCCGCGAAGAAGAAGCGGAAAAGCCGGUGGGGCCCGGAGGAGGAGAAGGUGGACUUGCCUCUGCCGGAGCUCGCUCAGCAGACGGAGGACCCCUCGCCCACCCCGCUGUCCGUCCAGGACCUCAAGGGACUCGGGUACGAGAAAGGGAAGCCCGUCGGGCUGGUUGGUGUGACGGAGCUCUCGGAUGCCCAGAGGAAGCAGCUGAAGGAGCAGCAGGAGAUGCAGCAGAUGUACGACAUGAUCAUGAAGCACAAGCAGGCCAUGCAGGAGAUGCAGAUCAUGUGGGAGCGGACCGUGAAGGAGCACCAGUCGGGCUACGACAGCGACGAGGAGGUGGACAGCGAGCUGGGCACCUGGGAGCACCAGCUGAGGCGCAUGGAGAUGGACAAGACGCGAGAGUGGGCCGAGCAGCUGACUCAGAUGGGGCGGGGGAAGCAUUUCAUCGGAGACUUCCUGCCACCGGACGAGUUGGAAAAGUUCAUGGAGACUUUCAAAGCGCUGAAGGAAGGCCGUGAGCCCGACUACUCGGAAUACAAAGAGUUCAAGCUGACCGUGGAGAACAUCGGUUACCAAAUGCUGAUGAAAAUGGGCUGGAAGGAGGGGGACGGCCUGGGGAUGGAAGGCCAAGGCAUCAAGGCCCCCGUCAACAAGGGAGUCACAGCCGUGGAUGGCGCUGGAUUUGGGAUCGACCGUCCCGCCGAGCUGACCAAGGAGGACGAUGAGUACGAGGCGUUCCGCAAACGGAUGAUGCUGGCCUACAGAUUCCGGCCGAACCCAUUGAACAAUCCCAGGCGUCCAUAUUAUUGACUCGGCAAUGCGCUUCUCCCCGCCACCCCACCCCACGAUGUGAUGGUCUGCUUACUGUGAUAAGUUUUUCCAAUCGGUUCUUUCCUACCGCACCCCUCUCUUCUCCCACUUUUAAAGAAAUUGGGAUCGUUUUAUUCAAAAACAUUCUGUUAUUAAAAUUCGCAUUUCUAUCGCUUUGUCCACCCUGAGACCGUCGGACUUCUACCCAAGAAAGAGCAGGACAUUGCUAAAACUUCAGCAGAAGAUUCCUGAAUAAUCAGCCAAGAGGUUCCUUGUGGGGUUGGCAUUCAGGUAUCAAUCAAGUGAGGCGCUUGUUCCUCUUACUCAGUUUUCACUUCAUGCUCUCUUAGAAAAGCCUCCUCUCUCUCCUUGUUCUCCUGAAUUGUAUUGGUAGUGAGACGGGGCAAGAGUGUGUCUCCACUGUUGUAAAUAGUGUGCCAGCCAGGAGUACCUGUGUUGUCUCUCGAGAGAGGCAGUGCAAAGACGAGGAAACCAGCACCAGCCAAUAAGGAGCUGUGUCCCAGUUCCUUUUUUCCCCACACCUGGGUUGCAGUGCAAGAUGGGUUAGGGGAUCGCUUGUCACUGCAAAGGAGAAUACUGCCAGGGUCUCUUGCCACCCCCUUGAAGGAUUCUUGCUAGGAUGUAGCUUCGGGGUGUUUCUGCAAGGUGAAGGCAUUUUGGAGGUCAGAUGGGGCCUUCCCUUGGUUCCCUAGCCUUCAAGAAGGGGAUGGAAAUUAUUUUCCUAGCUUCUUCUGAAGAAGUGGCAGAAACAAGGCUCCUGGAUUCGCACUGAUAUUCUAAAAAGCAUCUUGAUUUACCCCAAAACAGGAAGGGACCCUUUCCAAAAUAGGACUUUAUCCUGCCCAUUACACCUACCACUCCACUGUUUCAGUUCGUAGCUUUUUCUGUUUCUCCCUCCCCUGGCACUCCCAAACACCAGAUCAAAAAUUGUUCCUCUUACUGUAUUUGGAAAAGUUUUGGGGUGGCAUGUGUGUUUAUUUUGUUACUCUUGAUGAACAGUAGUGUUGAUGCGUUUGGCUCUUAAUGAACAGUGGAAUAAAGCUACAAAACUACUGCA